UGUUCAUCCAAAUGCCUAGACUCUAAAGAUUGCAGUUCUUGAGCUAUUUUGCUGCCAUUCACCACGAUUUGAAAUAUGUUUCUCAUUUUGUGUCUUGCUUUCGGAUUUGCAACUGCAUCUCCAACUUGCACUGAUGAGGAAGGAUUAAAAUGUAUCCCAGGUGGUGAAGGAGAUUCCCAUUGGCUUGAUGACAAUUGGCCAAAUGAUGAAGCAAAAUUAGAUGAAGUUUGCAAAGAAAUUCUGAAAGAGCUUGACUGUGAAGCUGACUUUGGGGAACGAUGUCCCGAAACCAUCUUUGGAUUGUAUCUUGAAGGCAUCAAAAGACACAAAGGGCUGUACAAAAAGCUAUGUGAUAAAUCCAACACACUUAGGGCAGAAUACUUGAAGCAUGUUUCUUGCGUUAAUGAAAAGAUUUUGAACCUGGGAGACCAAUGCCAAAACCAUAUGGAUUUGUUUCAGCCUGAUUUUACAUGCUCAAGCGGAUACCAUGGGUAUAAAACAUGCGUUAAAGAUAUCAUUAGAGAUGGUUGUGGAGAUGACGGAGCUAAAAUUUUUGAUACGUUAUAUGCUCCACGGCAACCAAUUUAUGAAGUAAUCUGUCAAAAAUUGUGCAACAUCUUGAAGGAUUUAGGACUGAUAAAAGAAUAGAAAUAAAAGUCAGUUUGCAAUAAAAUUGAGUAAUAUAACUAAUGUGUAAUAUGACAUGUAAUAUGUAGAGUGAAAAUGCCAAUAAACUUCUGCAA